AGAGCACCCAGAGUCGCCUUCACGUGACCGGAAGUGAGGGCGGAAGUGAGGGGGAAAGUGAAAAAGGAAGCACUGCGAGGGGAGCAGCGGCAGAGGGUCCGUCGGCGGGCCGGUGGGCGGCUUCUUCGGCCUCCUCGUCGUCCUCCGCUGUCUCCGCCGCCAUGGGCUGUUGCUACAGCAGCGAGAACGAGGCCUCGGACCAGGGGGAGGAAUCGAAACCCCUGCUGCCCCCAGCCUCCAGCCCCCCAAAUAAGUCCUUAAAUGGGACGGAGCCCAGCUGGAACAGCCUGCCUUCUGCCCGGACGGACGAGCAGGCCUUGCUCUCCUCCAUCCUUGCCAAGACGGCCAUCAACAUCAUCGAUGUCUCGGCCGCAGACCAGCAGCAGAUGGAGCAGCACGAAUACAUGGACCGGGCCCGGCAGUACAGCACCCGGCUGGCCAUGCUGAGCAACAACCUCAUGCACUGGAAGAAGCUGCCGCCACUGCCCUCGCUGACCAACCAGCCCCAUCAAGUCCUUGCCAGUGACCCUGUGCCCUUCGCAGACCUGCAACAGGUCUCCCGGAUAGCUGCUUAUGCCUACAGUGCCCUGUCCCAGAUCAGAGUGGAUGCGAAAGAGGAACUGGUUGUACAGUUUGGGAUCCCGUAACGGCGCCCGCCUCCCUCCGCCCCGCGCUCCCUGCACUCCUGGCUCUCCUCUCAUCUCCACGGACGGCUUCUCACUGCGGCGGAAACUCGUACGGAGACAAGAUACACUGAAUUUUUUUCUACUCCUCGCCACAGAGACCAUUGAUUGGCACACCUGAGAGGUGCAAAGGGAAGAUGGCCGCCCCAAAGGCGAGGGACGGCACGGCCCGCGCGGCUCCCCUUUCACCGGCUCUGGAUCUCCGCGGAACGCCCGGCCGGCGGUCGGUUCCCCUUUGGAAUGGUUUCUCCUCCUGCGGCCCCUCCUGUUGUUCACGUUUGGGAGUCGGGGGCAGAAAGGAACGGGGUCCUUUUCAAGAACGGAAACCACGGCUGGCGAGGGGCUCCGUGCCCUUCUCUCUCUCUCUCUCUCUUUCUCUCGGUGUGUAGCCCUCUCCUCCUUCCUUUUACAUAGCUCCACUGUUCAUUUUGUUUUAAUUUUGGUUUUGGCUCAACUAGAUUAAAAUAUAAAUACCUUCA